UCUCCUACAUACACUCACGCCAACCCUCGCCUUCUUUCCAAUAGACUCACAACACUCUUUUAUCUAGACACUUUCUUCUGCGCUCGUAAGCCGGGAGGACUUUGCGCGUCUGCAGCACGUCGCUAAUUGUUAAUUAUGCGGGAGAGACUGAAGCUAUUGCUCCGAGAUCCCAUUACAACUUCUUCUACGCUCUAGCCUCAUAAUCCCUUUAUACCGUUCAGACAAACGCAUCGACCCGACGCCGCCGAGAAUCGCAGUCGCCAAUGCCGUCGCAACCGAUUGAUGACCCCGGCUGGGACUUCAGCUCGGUUCUGGAGCUGAUAGACUCGGACCUCCAGCACCAUGUUGUUUCACCCACUCUACGCCCCGCCUCCCGGGCCCUGGAUCAUAUAUCCAAGAACAAAGUCCCAAAGGAUGCGGAAGAUAAUCGGAGCCUGCAUCUGGGCAGCUUUGGGAAACUGUUCGAGGAACUGGGUCUGUUCAACGAGGAGCCACUCCCCCCGGUGUCACCAGCUGAACCUCUUUCCGACGACCCAAGCAGUUCCGAUGAUGCUCUUCUUCCCCCGCCCGUUAUUGAAGCUGAGGUGGAGACCAAGGAUCCGAAGCUGGCAAAGGAAGAUGUUGUCGACACGAAUUCCAUAGUCAAGGAGGUCUAUGAUACGGUCGCUGAUGACGCGUAUACCGGCAUGACCCGUAAGCAACGGCAUCUCGCUCGGAAGAAGGCAGAGAAAGAGCGCAAAGCCCAGCAGCAGCCGGAGAAGCAGCUGGCUCAGAGGGAGAAGGUACGGAAGAAUCUUCUGAGAGAGCUUAUCGACUCGUCUGUUCCGGAUACGCCUACGCCAAUCAACGGACCGGCAUUGAAGCAGGUUCAGCCUCAUUCACGAUCCAACGUGGGGGCUAAGAUACGUCCGACUACGCCCGUUGAGCUUGAUGACCUCAUCAAUGCUACCGAGCAACGGAAUAGUGCCAAGAUCCCGAAAGUGUUUGGGGUCACAAAGCCCUCUAAGCCGCCAGCAGCUCUACUCCACCCCACAUCUUCACCAUUGCUCAACUCUUCCGCACGACCUUUCACGCCUGGUCAGAGUGAGCAUACUCUCCCUUUAUCCCAGCCCGUCGACGUGGAUGCUCCUUCAUCCGCUUUAGCGAAACGAAUUCCAAACGCCGCGGCACAGUAUACGACUUUCGGUACGCUCGCUCCAGUUCAGCAUGCAUAUUCGGUAAUACAGUCGAGCGCACACGGGUAUUUCACCUCUCAGGUCCCGCCUUCCACCGUCUAUGGCCACAGCCUUAUCCCGCGGACCGUGCAACCUGUCAUUCUCCAACGCCCCGCACAACCUGUGGUAGUUCCCCAGCCGCCGGUGGUUCCUAACACGCCCGUGAGAAUCCCCGGAGCACGCAUUACGGUUAGGAACCAAGUAGACCGAAAUCUUCGUUUCUUAAACCAGUUGAUAUUCGACUUCCCGGAAGAGAGGAAGUGGCUUGUUUCUCCGAUGCAAUUAUGCAACGAGAAGACAGUCACCGAAGGUAUCCAUGUUUUCGUCGACGCUUCGAAUAUUAUGAUCGGUCUCCGAGAUGCACUUCGAGAGCAUGGUGUUUACCAACCGUUCGAUCUGUCUUUUGAUAGUCUCGCUUUGUUGAUGGAACGCCGCCGACCUGUCGCGAAGCGUGUUUUCGCUGGCUCUCACCGAGAAGCCGCCCCGCUACCUCACGUUACGAGACUCUUUGAAACGUCGAAAGCUGUCGGCUAUGAGAAUGCUGUGAAAGAGCAGGUUUUGAUACGUCGCGAGGAGACGGAGAAGAAGAAGUUCUUCAGGGACGUGAAGAAAAUGGGGUGGCAGAAGGCUGCUCAACGACGCUCAGGCAACGACAGUGGCAGCGACUCAGAGACGGGUCAGCUUGCCCAGACCCUUGCAGCCCCGAAAUGGGUUGAGCAAGGGGUCGAUGAGAUUCUUCAUCUCAAGAUGUGCCAGAGCAUCAUUGAUACCGAAGUACCCACCACCAUGGUUCUUGCUACCGGAGAUGGCGCGGAAGCGGAGCACUCAGAUGGAUUCCUGGCUCAUGUCGAACGCGCUCUUAAGAGAGGAUGGAACGUCGAGCUGGUCAGCUGGAGACAGCAGACGAGCGGCGGAUACAAGAACAAGAAGUUCAGGGCAAAGUGGGGGAACAGGUUCAAGAUCAUCGAGCUGGAUGACUACUUAGAGUCGUUGAUUGAUACACCAUAACGUUGUAGCGACUCUGAAGGAGUAUUAGUGCUACCUAGGAGUUGGAUUGAGGUACUUCGGAAGAAGACCUCGAAGCUCUAGUACUACGACCCGUGAGCGACCCACGAGCGAGCAUUGUCUUUAGCUAUUCAUCAACGCAUACCGGAUACUGUCUAUCUUUCCAGAGCAUCUAAUCUUUGGUUCCAAUUAUGUGAUGUUCACUUAGACAUCAUUUCUUUCCAUCCGGCCGGCACGCCAAUUGGCUCCGCAUAAUCAAAGGCCUAUCUCUUCCUAUGCGAAGCUUAGAAAACGAUCGAAAUACUCUAGCCUAUUCUAUUCAUUGGCAUGCUUGAUGGUGGGAGUCCUUUAGCCAUUGGAGGCACGAUGCGCAG